AUGGAUCCCCCAGACAGAAUCGAAUUCCUUAUGUUAACGGUUAACUAUUUGGAACAGGGGAACUUAGUUCAAGCGAAAGAAUCAUUACGAAAGAAUCACCAGUAUUUCCAAGACUUGUCGCCAAGUGAGUUGUCAAAACCCACUUUACAGGAGAUAGAGAUAGUAAACAAGGCAGAGAAAAUAUCGAUAGAGAAUGUGGCGUGGAGUCUUCGAACUGGAGUAAUUUUGAUGCCCCAGACGUCUGCAAAGAACAACUUCUUUGUCCGCUUCGCCAAUGUAGUUGGUGCUGUUGCUUUAAUCACGAUUUGUGUUGAUAUAGCUGAGAAAGUAUUUGAGCAGUUAAAAGAGGACAUUGAGAAUGUUGAAGACGAAGAAUCAGUUAUUAGCCUUGGAGUUGCCCUUAAUAACUUAGGUUGCGUGUAUAUUAACGAAGGAAGUUUUCAAAACGCAAAAGUUAGUCUUCAAAGAGCUCUUGCGAUGUUUGAGGUAGUCAAAACAGGAAAAGAGUGUGUCACUGUCAAGGAGAAAAUAGCAACAAUAACAAAUAACUUACGACUGGUGCAUCAGGCUCAGAGGAGCCAUGUAGCUGACAUGCAAUUACAAAACGAUCUCCUUUCUAACGUAAGCCGCUUUGCCAUACAACCAAGAAUCACUGCAGUUGUUGAUUACAAUACAGCCCUAACCUCUCUGGAUAACAGAAAUCUUAGAAAAGCUUUGGACGAACUUGAGACUUUAAAAGCAUUUUGUGAAACAAAAUUACACCAAAACAAGGGACUGUUAACCUGCAUUUUGUUAAAAAUCCGUUUAGUUUGUUUGAAGCUUCAAGCCUCUAGUGGGACCACGACAUUUAUUGAUGCUAAGAUUUCAACCUUGCAAGGGCUGAAGGAACUUGUUGAUAUUAGUACAAACUUUUCGUUAGACUUCUUAGUCACAAUUGUGGAGACGGUGGCCGACAUUCACCUUUAUCAAGGUAAUCUUGACCUUGUCUGUAGCUAUUUCUCCUAUCUUGUACCGGUUGUUCGUGAAAGAUGUGGUGCAGAUCACACAACAGUUGCUUCCAUUCUGUCAAAACAAGGACUUAUUUUCCUCCACUUGGAAAACUUCGCAUGUUCUAGGCAAUGCUUUACCGAUGCAUUGGAGAUUUUCACCGGAGCUUUUGGUGCUAUUCACCCCGAUGUUCUCAAAUGCAAUGCAGGUCUUUCUAGGCUGGAAUGGCUCGAUGGAUGUGAAGAAAAAUCUUUAACGCACAGUCGGACAGUUCUGGAAAAUGUGGAAAGGAUUUGCCAAGUCUCAUUUGAGUGUCAAUUGAAGCCAAAAUUCAUUGAAUUGUUUUCACAAAGCGGAAGAACACCAUCUCCUCAUGUCGAUCAUGAAGAACAACUAAAACUCGAAACUCUGGUUUCUGAGUUUGGUAUGGAAAUAACAAGGGUUCUCAAGCAGCAUCAACCGACUGAUCUCGGAGAUUGUCCAGGAACACUAUCAGAAAGUGAUAAUGUUGUGGUUUCCUUCAUCUGCAAGGAAUUAUGUGCAAAGCUGAGCUUUAACUGGUUCAAAUUUGGUCUUUGUUUGUUUAACCUUGGAGUGGAUCAAAGUGUCGCCUUUCUCUUUCUCUCGUGUUCAUAUGCAAGAUUGUUUUACGAUCAUUUUGAUUGUUCUGAAGUCAUUUUACUGAAAGUGAUUUUUGUUGUGUGUCAUCUCAAAUCUAAGACGUGUCAAACCUUCCCGAAAGCUCAAGAGAGAUUAAAAAAUGAAUUCGGACGGUUGAAGAACUUCAUUGAGGACAAAGCGAAGAGAUUUGAUAAACCGGAAAGCAAAACUAUAUUUUUUGACGAAAAUACAAACUUGAUGAUUGCUCUGGCAGUAAUCCUUCAGUCGUUUGUAGAAAUGGAAAUGUUCGAGAUGAUAGCUGAUGUGCAUAGUUUAUUUUCUUUCCUGUCAAACCAACAGUCUCCGCAGGUAACUCACGUAGUUCUCGUUGAAGAGCUUCGGUUUGCGUUUUUUAGUUCAAACAUACAAUGUCUUGGCAAACAAGUUAUGCAUCACCUGAUAUUUUCGACGCCUCUUGAGAUGAACAAUCGAAAAAUCUCAGACGAAAACGAUGCAGAUACUCCCCACAACUCUCAAAGUAUGGAGAUUACAAAAUCUUUACAUAAAGAUGACAACUUUGGAGAAAGGAAAUCGAGGCAAAUUUUCAAAACUUUGGCACUCAAAACUGAUAAUAUUCAGUGGAAAGGAUCUUUCAGAUUUCUUGUGGAGUGUCCAAUAUUUCGUGGAGUUGACAUUUCAGUACUAAAUAAAAUAAAUGUGUGGAGUGUAAAUGCAGUAGAAGACAGUCUGCCUCACUUGAUCUCAUGCAGCCAUCAGAACAUAGAAUUGGCAACACAAUAUUUCCUAGAAUUGGAACUCUUAGCCUCUGCGGAAAGCACUCUUUCUUCGAUUUCUGGUGAUUUUUCUCUUUUGCCACUCGUGCUAUCGGCAGCUAUGGAUGGUUCAGAAUCUGAAACGCAAUCUCCGAUUCUCGUCAACCUAGAGAACACUUGUGAAGGAAGCCUAGCAUUUAUUUUCCAAGACAAAGUUAUUGCGAAUUUUCUAUUCGGAAAGCUUUUAAAGCAAAUUUUAACCAAUGAAGACGAGGUUGGUGAGGUUGUGAACGUGGUUAUCAAAGACGGCCAACUAGUGUUGAAAAUCCAAGGUCCACCCAUAGUGCAAAUAGUAAUACAGUGCCAUGAAGACACCAUCAAAGUGAAAACCCACUUGAUUCACUAUUCUCAAAGCCUUCCAAAAGUUGAGAUUGUCCGAGAAGAAGUUCCACUAUGCAAUUGCUCUCUUAUUGAGAUGGUCAUCGCUGACAAAAUGGAAAAAUGUGCUCGCAGUUUUGGCAUUCAUUUUGAGACAAAAAGUGAUAAUGCCUGGUGUACUGCCUCACAUCUGACUGGAGACGCAAUGGAUAUUUCAAUGAGAGUAAGUGUUUUGAAUGUUGUAUUCAUCACUGUAGGCAUGAAACUUGUUUUUCAACCAUGAUGAUGAAUCCUUGUUAUGCAACGAUUCAUCUACUAAAUGUAAAAUCCAGCUUACCAAUAUAACAAAAUCAAAAAUAUGACCAAGUCAGAGGGAGAAUGUUUCUUACCGCCUUUUAAGCUAACUUCAGGGAUUUAUGCAUUACAUUGAAGAAAUCUAAAAUUUUGUCGUCUUUCAAAUUUAAGAACGACUUCUUGUUGCCUUAAACCCCAUAGAAGGAUUAGAAGUUAAUUUUUGGCUAUUGUUAUAGUUUUUGAUUCGUUCUUUUCCUAGGAUCACCAAACGCUAGAAAUGCAGCUUAAAGCCGAACGCCAAGGCCGUAUUUCUCCUCUCCCAACCUUGCUUUCGAGACAGUCCCUCCUGUCGGAGUCAUCGACUCAAACAGAUUCCUUGAGUAUUCCCUCAACAUGUGAUCUUAGUACUCAAACAGAGCUCAGUGACUCUGAUGAGUCUGGAAAUCUGGUGGAGCCCACAUCAUCAUCCAGUAAAUUAAGUAGAUCAUCAUCAUUACCUCAAACGUCAUCGUCAUUGUCAUCAUCAUCUCCAUCUUCAUCAUCGUCAUCCUCCGGUGAAGAAGGUCCAGUUGAGGUCUCCAGAAGGUCAAGGUCAGGGCCGGCAGAGAAAGGUAAAUUAUCAGUGAAUUCCGUCCAUUCGUGUGGUUUAGAACUUGAAAAACGAGGAAAAGAAGUUCCAAAACGCGAAAAUUCGGAGGAAGAAAGAUCUAGCAUGGCUUAUCUCAGUGUUUCAAAGUUCAACGAUAUUAGCAACGGCGCAGAGGAAGGACAGAUAAAUCAACCACCACUCAUUCCGCCAUUAACCUUGAGGGUUCAAACGGAAGGCAAAUUACGUGAGAGUAAAGAAAACUUUGAGAAGUUUGUUCAAACCAAUGAUUGGCUAGGGCAUUCAAUGGAUGAUGAAGUUGAUGGAGCUAUAAAAUUUUGCAAUCCAAAAUUGUCAUCCUUGUUAUUCCUCAACUGGAUCUGCUGAACCACCUUUUCAAGGGGAAGGUGGUCUAUCCGACAACCUUCCACGAGUUACUGACCAGGUGGAGCGUCAUGGUGGUGCCGCUGCCUCAACCAGCUGGUGCAAUGAUGUCACGGAUGAAAACCGAAGAAAGAGAGAACGUAAAGUCGAUUCUAAGUCACUGAAGAUUUCUCAAGAGGGCAAAAACAAGAGUAAAGAGCAUCUAUCAGGAAGAAGUCAAAACACAGCGCCUAGGAAAUUUCUAGACAUAAAGAGUGGUGGACAAGAUUCAUUUUUCUCAAACAGGAGCCUAGGUUACGAGAAUUUCGAAUCGGUUAUUAACUGGAACGACAAGGACGCAAAGCCGGAGAGGGUUAGACCACGAGAUGAUAUGCGAAACACCAUAGAAUCAAAUUUCUUUGGUAUAAGGCCUUGCUUCCUUGCUCGCCACACAGAUGACAGUGGUAUUACCUCUCCUAUCGAUGACAUGGGGAAUACAGCGGAAAACGCCGAUGGAGGGUCUUCCAACACCUUCUCAAGGCAUCAAGGGUCAUCUUGUUUCACUACUGAGCAAGGAUAUCAAGUUACUUACUCCUUUCAAGCACCAUCGUUUCAUUCUGAAAGUUCAAAGGUAUCUGCUAACGCACAGGGUCCAAAUCCUCAUAGCUCCUUCGAUCCUACCCCUGCAGUCUGGGGUCAACCGGUGCCUGCUCGUCCUCUACUUUCUCUUCCCUGCAACGGAUCGGAGCAUCUCCAAACCCUUUCCUGCGAUGACCCGCGAAUUGUAGUGACACCUCCGCAUGCUUUGAUCAAUGAUGACUCGCCGUUAGCGCUAACACCCCUUUUACCACAACAGAGAAAAGUCAAGGAUGAACGUACUGUUCCUGAAGUACAAGGAGAGAGAAACUCUGAUUUUAAAAAGAUGAAUGGAAAUCCUGCAUGUUUACCUAAUACCACUUCAAUUGCACAAGGCCUGAUCUCCCCUGAAAUGGAAGUCUCUGCUUUACCACAAGCAGCCAUGAACAGAAAUCUAGCAUGGGAAACAAGAACACCUGUAGAUCAGGACACUGCUUAUCAAGGGCCACUGGGUGUCGUGAACGAAACUUCGUCUCUCUCAAAUGAUGAUUCCUUAGCUGACCUAGAGCGACGAGUAACCGAAGCCUGUUCCCUUGUCGAAAAAACCUUGAAAAUAAGGGAAGUAAAAGAAAAGGCAAUGAAGGAAAAAGAACGAAGAAGAAAAGAAGAGCGGGCCAGGAAAGAACAACAAGUACGUGAAAGAAGAGAAAGGGAGGCAAGUGAAACGAGACAAACGGAACGCAGGAAUGACAGAGAAGAAGUCAGCAACCCCAUGAGUGGUGGAGGAGGAACACCUACGCAAACCUCCGCUGGUGCCGAGGGUCGACAAUGGCUCUGUGAACAUUAUAGGCGGCUCUGUCGUGUCAAGUUCCCAUGCUGCGGAAAGUUCUUUCCUUGUCAUCGUUGUCAUAACAAUUCUGGAUGUCCAAAUGAUAAUUCCAAAGCAAGAGAGGCGUGUUAUGUUGAGUGCUCGGUUUGUAGCCAUCAACAAGAGGUAUUUAGACAUAUCAUUUAUUAGAAAUUACAUUAAUGUGGAAAUGGAGCAGUUAUAUUCAGGCUAUAUGCCAUUUGCUUUUAAUGCUUUGUUGUUUUUUAAGAUCAACCAGGACGCCCAAACUUGUGCCAGAUGUAAAACAAAGUUCUCAGCAUAUUUCUGCUCUAUGUGUAAACACUUCACGGGCACAGACAAAAAUCCAUAUCACUGCACAAAAUGUGGUAUCUGCCGGUAGGUGAAACGAUAUUCAUGGCGAAAUUGCUCGAUUUUCGUUUGUUGGAUGAUACUCUUGUUUUCCAAAAAAGUAAGGGAGUAAUUGGCCUGCUUCUAUGUCAAGUGUUACCGUAUGAAUAGAAAGAAAAUUCUGGCGCUAGCCUUGGGACGAGAGCAACGCUUAUAAUAAGAGAGAGACAAGCCCUGAUCGAUACGCACAUGAAACUUACCACUGCCAGUGUUUUCUCCUCCGUCUUUGCGAAAUCGUUUUCAAAAGAUAUAUCAAAUAUCAAUUUUUGCUUCCUCAUAGGCAUCAGGAUUCCAUUCUGUAGAUCGAAUCGAGUAGAAAUAUAGGGUUUUCACUUUGUAUAAGCAACUUAUUUUCUUUACGAGUCAUGUUAAGUUUUGCUCGAGUAUUUACCUGCGAAGUGAUGUUCCUGUUUUCAUUUCAGCAUCUUUAAAGACCGCUCCUUCCACUGCGAUGUGUGUAACGUCUGUCUGGACAAACGGCUAGAAGGAAGACAUUCUUGUCGAGAAAAUUCAGGACAUGAUGAGUGCUGCAUCUGUUUGGAAGUAAUGACUUACUUUUCGCUCUAACACGGUGUUGCUGAAAAACUUCCGGAGAAGGGGAUUUCUCUGUCUUGUUCGUUACAGAUCGUUUCUUUUUUUGUCGCGUCUACCUGUUAAAUGAUUGUCAGUGUUUUUGGAUUUCGCUAUCAGUUGUACUGUAUUAUUAAUACUUUGUGUUCUGAUAUCGUUGUGAAACAUUACGUUAUUUGUUUUGUUCUAUCUAUAAAUUUAGCUCUGCAGGUCAAUGUUUAUGCUCGAUUAAUAUAAAGCAACUGCACAGUUUUCAUUCCUGUUAAGUCUGGAUUCCAUUAGAUAAUGUCUCUUCGUAUCAUUUAUACAUUGAAACGUUUUCCUUUCUGCUAUUGUAAGAGCAUGGACAUAAAAAAAACUGUCCAGAGACACCCAUGACACUGGUUGCACACAAAAUCGACUCUGCAGGAGGAAAUAUUGGCCAACAGCUUUUCCCUUUUGUUGUAAUUAUAGCCUUGUUAUUGACAAUGAAGGUGAAAUCUAGCAACAUACUAAGAGAGCACGACUUUUUGUUAGCUAGGUUAUGAGUACAAAAGAAAGCGUUUAAUAGAAUUAUUCGAAAAAAAAUGAUUGUAAACGUUAAACUGAUAGAUAAUACCUGUUAAUACUUUUACUUAAUGGAAGUUUGCAACAUUUCUUUUCAGGACGCAUUCAGCGGUUGUCAAAUUCUGCCAUGCUCACACAAGGUUCAUAGAGAGUGUGCCAUUGCAAUGAUACAGAAUGGCGUGUAA